AUGGCGUCCCAAGACAGUUCUCCCGCUUCUGCGAGUUCCCCGCUGAUCCAAAGGAAACCUUUACCCCAUGCCAUUCCAAUUCCUACUCUAAAUCCCUCUCCUCUAUCUGAGGAUUAUCUGGACGACAUUCUUGAUCGCAGGUCGUCUUUGUCCCUGUCCCAUCCUGAAGAACCGUCCUUUAUAUCGCCAAGGAAUUCCAAUAGAUAUUCCCGUCAACGACAUCUGGCACAACCUCUUCGCAUCGAUACCGGUGCUCCGGUCUCAUAUCUGAGCUCCGUAGUGGAUCACGACGACGACUCCGAAGACGGUGAAGACUACUUUGAUGACGGAUCAUAUGAGCAACAGUUCACGCAUGGAACUCCUUCCACCCUGCAUAAUCGUCUAGUGAGCGAGCCUUUUAUACCGGUCCUGGCCUCGCCUCCUCCAUCUCAACGGCGCGCCUCGACUAUGGCCCUACAUCCGUCUCUCAACAGGCCACCUCCUUUACAAAUUGAUAUAAACGAUCGACCAUUAUCCAUGGGUCCGGAUCCCCGUCAGCCCAAAACUCCCGGUAAUAAAAUUAGCUCCUUCUUUGGCUGGAAGGGAAAUACUCAGACUUCGCCUGGUGGUGAAUCGUCUAGCACGGAGAUCUCCGAUGGUGGCCGUUCUCCCAUGCCCUCGCCAAUGCCUCCUCUCGCAAACGUCCCUAUGAAACCAUCUUCAUAUGAUAGCAGCAAGUCAUCCAUUCACUAUGGCCUUCCGGCUCGAACGCCCUCCGUGAGCGGGAUGAGUGCUCAGGAGGUUAUGUACGCGUCUAAAUUUGCGGACUUGGAAAAUGAAUUACGAGAAAUUAGUUCCGAGUUAGCGGGCUCUAUUCGUCGUGAAAUGGAGCUGGAGGAUUUAAUUGAGCGAUUUCAGACUGAAGUGCCAGAGACGAAUCGACGGACGAGUGACUAUUUCUCUGAUUCUGGUACUAGCAUUGUUCGCUCCGCGUCUGAUGCAGGUCGGAUGGAAGAGGAUAUUGGAAAGAUUCGUCGAGCUGCGGAGCAGGAGCGUGCGCAGUUGAAAGUUGAGCUAUCACAGAAACUGCAAGAAGAACGUUUGAAGCGCACAGCCUCCGAGUCUCAUGUUCAGAUUUUGGAGAACCAGGUUCAGCAGCUCCGUCGUGAACGAGUCGAUUUGUCUGAUCUCUCAUCCAAGACUCGAGAACUCGAAACCGCCCUCGAAGACACUCGUCGAAAGUUGCUCGAAGAGCGACAGUCCAAAGAUAACUUUGAAGAUCUAUUAACGGCCAUGCGCGUAGAGCUGGAGCAAUUACGAAAUGAACGUGAUAUUCUCCGGGAAGUCAAGCCGCAAGCGCCCCCAACGCCACCACCCCCACCACCACCACCACCACAGGUGCAGGCACCUUCACCGGACACCCAGCGACUGAUGGAAGAGAUUGAAGCGCUAAGGGUGGAAAAUGCAUCACUGGCACAAUUGCAGAGUAAUGGACGAUUUGCAUCCAUCGCGGAAGAGGAAGGUGGUGUGAACAAGCGAAACUCGACUUUCGGAAUCUCGAGAUCGAACUCAGUUGCUCGCAAGCCAAGCGGUCUCGCCCGUUCUGGUUCACUGUCACGAUCCAACUCUGUGAAUGCUGCUUCCAAGGAUCGCAAGGAUCGCGAGAGCGGCGGCGAAGGUUCUUUGGUCGACAAAGUAAAAGAUAUCGAGGUUCAACGCGAUGCUCUUCACCGAACAUUAAGAAGCCUCCUUGAUCGCCAUGCUCAACAAGCGCGGGAAUACGAGAAGCGCGCUCGUCUCAUGGAGAUCGAACUCGAACGUGCUCAGCAGGCUGGUCCUCUCCGCAAGCCCGGGUACGAGAGAGAUGUGCAAACCCUGCGAGAAGAGGUGAACCACCUGCGUAACCGAGCCGAAGAUGCUCUGGAUGGCAAGUGGCAGUGCGAGAAGAACUUGGCAGGUCUCAAGAUGGAUCUUGAUCGUGCGGAGCAAGAGACUAGCUCGCUCAGAGUUCUGCUGCAGGAGCACGACUCGGUCGUUUCCGAAGGUGGUGAAGCUGACGAAGAAAGCUUUGCCGAGGUAAUGGAAACCUCCUCUUCACUCGACUCUGCUUACAAGCAGCUGCAGGCCGACCGCAAGCAGGUCGAGGCCACGAUCGCAGCUUCAGACGAACUGGAGGCUGCAUUUGGCCGGACAGACCGAAUGGCCUACGACGUGCAGCAACAGUUGCAUACCAACAACUCUCUGCGCGGACGUCUGGAAUCUGCCAUUGACAAGGGUGAGCGAGACCAACACCUCUCUGUUGAGCGCAUCAACUACCUUCAGAACCGAUUGAAGGAGUAUGAGGACUCUCUCUUGCUUGCUCAGCACCACUCCGAAGACGAGAUGGGCAAGCACGAGGAGGAGAUCCGCCAGCUGAAGGAGAACCACAAUGCUCAGCUGGUCCGUAUGAAGACUGGUGCUCGUACCGCUGUGGCUCUGUCCCCACGACCCUCCAAUGCCCCCUUCAGCAGCCGCUCCCCACGUCUCGAUAGAACCACAAGCGGCCAAGGCAUGCCUCUGAUCCAGGUUGUUCAAGUUGAGGCCCUCGAAAAGCGGGUCAAGGAUCUGGAGAAACUCCUUCGUGACGCAGACAUGGAGAUGGAAGAAGUGGUAGGAAGAAUGAACCGCACACAGGUUGAUGUGGCCCAACUCCAAUCUGACAGAGACGAGGCCCUGCGUCAGACCCGCCUCCUUCAGGCGAAUAUUCAAACCGAGCGUGAUGCAUUCAAGGCACUACUGGGCCACGCAUGA